CCAAGUUUUUCUUCACUGUUUAUCAGUUUACCUGCCAUUGUUAUCUACCAUCCUUCCCUUGCCCUAGAAACUUAGGCAAGUUGGUAAAGAUGUGCAGCUCCUAAAAUUGUAAUGCAUUAUCUUCAGGCUUUAACUGGGCCUCCCAGGGACAACAUCAAGUCCUUAGGAAGGUGCUGUCCUGUUCUCUGAUGCAGAAUGGAUACAGUGUAUAUCAGGAUGAAGCCUGUCAUCUUGGCCCAUGAGUGAUGUGAAACAUCUGACUAAGGGUGGCCAAUUGUAUAUAGUUUGUAUUGAUAAAAGUUAUUUUUAUGGUUCUGUGAUUCAGUAGAUUCUGUUAUUUCUGUCUCUCUGCAGAUUAAUAAUCCUCACAUUUUUAAAUGGGAGCAGAUAACCAUACUUUGGUGAGAGAAUUCAUUCUCCUUGGCCUGUCCAGUGACUGGGACACUCGGGUUGCUCUCUCUGCUCUCUCUGUCCUGUUCUUGGUUAUGUACCUGGUGACAGUGCUGGGGAACUUCCUCAUUAUUCUUCUGAUCAGACUGGACAGCCGACUCCAGACUCCCAUGUAUUUCUUUCUCACCAACCUCUCCCUUGUUGAUGUCUCUUAUGCCACAAGCAUUGUCCCUCAGAUGCUGGUGCAUUUUCUUGCAGAACAUAAAGGAAUCCCAUAUGUGAGCUGUACAGCCCAGUUAUUUUCCUCCCUGGGCCUGGGUGGGAUUGAGUUAGUUCUUCUGGCAGUGAUGGCCUAUGACCGCUAUGUGGCUGUGUGUGACCCCCUGAGAUACUUGGUCAUCAUGCAUGGAGGGCUCUGUAAGUUGGCUAUCACAUCCUGGGUCAGUGCCUCUGUCAGCUCUCUCAUGCAGACCACCAUCACCUUUCAGUUGUCCAGGCACAACAAGUAUAUUGAUCACAUAUCCUGCGAACUCCUAGCUGUGGUCAGGCUGGCCUGUGUGGACACCUCCUCCAGUGAGAUCGCAGUCAUGGUUUCUAGUAUUGUUCUGCUGAUGACACCUUUCUGCUUGGUUCUCUUGUCCUACAUCCAGAUCAUCUCCACCACCCUAAAGAUCCAGUCCACAGAGGGGAGAAAGGAAGCCUUCCACACCUGUGCCUCUCACCUCGCAGUAGUUGUCCUGUGCUGUGGCGUGGCCCUUUUCACUUACAUCCAACCACGCUCCAGCCCUUCUGUCUUUCAGGAGAAGUUGAUCUCUCUCUUCUGUGCCAUUUUGACACCCAUGCUGAACCCCAUGAUUUACAGUCUGAGGAAUAAGGAGGUGAAGGGGGCCUUUCAGAAACUACUAGGGCAGUUGUCUGGAUUAACGUCAAAACUGGCAACUCGAUGAAUCAUGAGCAUCACUUAGAGAAAAGAGCUUUGCUCUUAUGCUUUCCCACCCAACUCAGAUAUGAAGCAUUGUUACUGCGUUGCCCUGGCAACCAGGAAGGAGAUGACAAAAUGUGUACUUGUGGUACCGGGUA